CCGUGUGGCGGGUCGAUCGACCGGAAACGCGAAUUUGUCGUGUGUGGAGCAAUCGGGACGACGUUAUAUUUAUUGUAAAAAUGUUUUAUUCUUGCUAAUAAAUAUAAUGUCGUAGAAUGAGAAGUAAAACAUUGCAGCUAUGAGCGAAGAGAAGAAAUCAGUGGAAGAAAAAAAAUAUUCGCAAUUAUGUCGAGAAAAUAUUAAAAUGUUUGCCGAAACAGUUGGUUAUAGCGAUUUGCCCGAUUGUGUCGCCUCUUGUCUGGCUGAAGAUGUUAAUUACAGACUGAGAGAAACAAUUCAGAAUGCAGGACAAUUCAUGAGGCAUGCUAAAAGAAGAAAACUUUGUGUUGAGGAUAUUAACAGGACUUUGAGAUGGAAUGAUGUUGAACUAUUAUAUGGAUAUGGUAGCUCAGAACCUCUACCAAUGAAAUUUAUUAAAGAGGCUGAUGUCUUUUCUGUUGAAGAAAAUGAAGUUAAUUUAGUUAAUUUAGCAACGACUAAUACUACUGCAGAACAGCCUGGAGAGAUUGGUGUGAAAGCAUAUUGGCUGGCAGUUGAAGGUGUCUCAAAAUGUGGAUUAUCCCAAAAUUCAAUACAAAAUAAGAAAAACGGACAUGUAGAAACAUUGGUCAGUGAAGAAUUAAUGGCAUAUUAUGAACAAGUUACAAAAGCUAUUUUAGGUAACAAUGAAGAAUUAUUAAAUAUUGCUCUUAAUGAUUUGAGAACAAAUGCAAAAAUAGCUCCAUUAUUACCAUAUCUUGUAAAUUUUGUUUCUGUUGGGGUUAAGAAAAUGAGUCAUGAUUUAACUCAGUUAACUAAACUUCUGCAUACAGUAUUUUCUUUAGUUAGAAAUCCAUCAUUAUAUCUUGGACCAAAACCAUAUUUAAAUCUGUUAGUACAAGCAGUACUCUACUGCAUACUUGAACCAUUAGCUGCAUCAAUUAAUCCUAUAAAUGAUCAUUGGACCUUAAGAGAUACUGCUGCUCAGCUAUUGGUCCAAAUUGUGAAAGAAUGGUCAACUCCUACAAAUGAUCUUAUGAAUCAUGUAAUUAGUUCUCUUGAAGAAUCAUUUGUUGAUUUAUCAAAACCGUUUUGUUCUCAUUAUGGUGCUGUUGUUGCAUUAAUCUCAUUUGGAGUUGAAACAGCAGAAAAAAUUAUAUAUCCUCACCUAACUCAUUACUGGCCACAUUUGACUGCUGCUCUUGAAAAUUGUAAUUACAGCAAUGCUCAAGUAAAAGCCGAUGCUCAAAAAGUUCAUGGUGUUCUGUUGUUAUUAAGUGAACUUAUUAUUCUUGCUCACCAGAAGGCAGAAUUUGGCCCAAAAUGUGAUGAUGUAACAGAAGAUAUGGAAUCUGAUUCUCUAAAUUCUGAUUUACAGUUGAAAACUUCAAAUAAUUAUAAAAAUGAUUCUGUGCCUAAAGGAAAGCUUCAAGAUAUUUAUAAACAAUUAUAUGAUUAUUUUGGUGAUGCUUUAGCUAUAAAACUUCCACAUAUUUCUAUCGGUAAUAUAUAUAAGCCAAAGGAAUAUCCUGUAGUUAAUCUAUUUUCUACACCAGAACUUUUACAAUCUGGAGAAGAAUUAUUAGAAGUUUUUUAUGAUAAAGAUGAAGAAAUGAAAAGUAAUAGUUUAGAAGAUGAUAAUUCUUAUGACGAGAGAGAUGAUAAUUCUAGUGAUGAGCAUGAAACAGACCCAGUCGAUUUGCAAAUUAAAAGCACCAUUAGUGAUCCCACAUUAGGCAUUAAGCUUACAAUAGCAAAAUUAAGAAGAAAUAAACCUGUUAAAGAAGCAAAGAAUACUAAAGUUAAAAAGAAAAUUUUCAAGCCAACUAAAGAACAACAAGAAAAUGAACCAGUAUUUGAUUAUCCACCAGCAAAAUGCCAUACUUCAUUUUUAGAAUUUAAUUUUGAAGGUGGAAUUCCUGUAAAACGAGACUGCUUAAAAAGAAGAGAAUUCUUUUCUACAUCUCAAGAUCAUUUGCAGUUCAGUAGUGUUGCAAGUAUAAGCCAAAAAAUGAAAAAAAGUGGAAAGAAAAAAAUAAAUCCAAAGCUUUUGUACCAAAGAAAAUUUAUUUCCGGAAAUUUAAUGAUAAAUUUAUAAGAUAAUUGAAUUUUGAAUAAUAAAUUACAUAUAAAAAUAUAUUUUAAUAUUUGUUUAAACUCAUUCAUAUUAUGUCAUUAUGUUAAGUUUACAAUCCUGUAAAUCUUGCUUUUACAAACAUACAAAUAUCUUUUUCAUCCAAAUUUUGAAAAAUUGAUGCUAGUUAUGUGUAAAUUGCAUUCAUACAAAGCAAAUGUAAUCUAAUUAUGGACAGUACAUAAUUUGCAGACUAUAUCUUACCUUUAACAUUACUUAUAAACUAAUUAAAAAACUUAAUGUAUAGGUAAUUAAACUGUUCAAUUCUCUAUUUGUUUAUCAGCAACUUGGUGUAUAAAUAAAGUUCACAUUCUAGUUUAUAAACUACAACUGUUUAUUCGUUAGCAUUUGUACUAAAUGCUAAUGAAUCCAAAAUUAGUUUGUCAUGAAUUCAGACACUGUUUGUUACUCUUGCAAUUCUGUAUCUGUUGAAUCAGUUUUUAAUGUCUUUAAAUACUGUUAUAUCCAUGUGAAGAUAUAUUUUAUGUUGUAAUUUCAUUAAUAUUUUUUUUUUAAGGAUUUGGACUCGUAUAAACAUCCCAUGUGCUUUUAUAUAUUUUGUUUGAUUAAAAUUAAAUCUAAUUGUAUUUUUAAAUCAAUUUAAAAAUCUAAUUGUU